CGUCAUCACUGCGCGCGGCCCGUUCCCGCGCGCGCGGCGCCGAUCGCGGUGGCGGUGCUGAGAUGGCUCCCUCACCAACCAAGCGCAAGGACAGGUCUGAGGAGAAGUCAAAGGACCGCUCCAAGGAUAAAGCAGCCACGAAGGAAUCGGGUGAGAAGGAUCGUGGUCGGGACAAGACGCGCAAAAGACGCAGCGCUUCCAGUGGGAGCAGCAGCACCAGAUCCCGUUCCAGCUCAACUUCCAGUUCGGGGUCCAGUUCCAGCACUGGUUCUAGCAGUGGCUCAAGCUCCUCUUCUGCCUCGAGCCGCUCGGGGAGCUCCAGCACCUCACGCAGUUCCAGUUCCAGCAGCUCCUCUGGGUCUCCCAGUCCAUCUCGACGGAGACAUGACAACAGGAGACGCUCCCGCUCCAAGUCCAAGCCACCCAAGAGAGAUGAGAAGGAGCGAAAGAGGCGGAGCCCGUCCCUCAGACCCACAAAGGUGCAUGUUGGAAGGCUCACUAGAAAUGUGACCAAGGAUCACAUCAUGGAAAUUUUUUCUACUUACGGAAAGAUUAAAAUGAUUGACAUGCCAGUUGACAGGCUAAACCCUCACCUCUCCAAAGGUUAUGCUUAUGUGGAGUUUGAGAACCCAGAUGAUGCUGAGAAAGCCCUGAAACACAUGGAUGGAGGCCAAAUCGAUGGGCAGGAGAUCACUGCCACAGCUGUGCUGGCCCCGCGGCCCCGGCCGCCCCCCCGGCGCUUCAGCCCCCCCCGCAGGAUGCUGCCACCACCCCCAAUGUGGCGCCGCUCGCCCCCGCGCAUGAGGAGAAGGUCCCGGUCUCCGCGGCGCAGAUCCCCCGUCCGCCGGCGAUCCCGAUCCAGAUCUCCCGGACGAAGGCGCCAUCGCAGCCGCUCCAGCUCCAACUCCUCCCGAUAAAGCAAAAGGACUGGACAGCUUUUUAUUUUUUAACUUAAAUCCCAUCAGACUAUAUAUUGUACAUUUUUUUUAUAACGAGUCUGGGUGAGGAGGAGUGAGAGAAGUAAGGUGGCAGUGAAGGCAACCUAAGAGGAGAGAGCACCAGUUCCUGGCCAGUAACCUUUGCUACUGGGGUUCCUGGCAUUGAAUAGAAAUUAUUUAAAAAUGGCUUUGAUUUUAAAGGCUGCAAAAACAUCUUUUCCAGGUAGAGGGAAGAAAAGAUGUUUCAGCCCCUCUUUCUCCAGUUAGCAGGUUGCUGCUUGGUGAUUGUAAAUGCUUAGCAUGCUGUACAGAUCAGCAUGUAAAUCUUGAGCUGUUUCAGAACCCCGGUGAGUAAGCCAGGGGGGCAUUUAUUUUGAUCUCUAGGUGCCAGCACAAGAUUUUUCAGGGCAGCUGGAGUCCAGACCUGCCCAAAACUUUAAUUAAAUGCAGAGUUGUUGCUUUAUUGCAGUGCCCCAUGAUGAUUAGUUUCUGCCGAGUAAGCUCUUCUGUAACACUUAUACCAGGAGAUCACCUCAGAAGCAAUGGUCCAGCCCACUGAACAUGACACUUUAGAGAAGAAGCUGGAAAUCCUAAGAACAGUUCUGUAGCUGCCCCGUUAAUUGAUUUCUUUCACUUUUUCUUUGAGGGUGUUGAUAAAAACUUCUUACACAACCCCCAGUAAAACAGUGUGAGUGCUUCUGCUUUUACAAAUCCCAAAUGAGCGACUGAGCGCCAGCCUCCUGGAAACUGCAAGUCAGAGAGGGAGGCUCAAGGUCACAGUGCUGGCUGGAUUAUCUGGGGUUCACACAGGGAAAGGCAAAGAAUUUACCACCUGUUGUACAGCCAAUACUAUACAGACUUUUUUUUGUUUUGUUUUGUAUAACUUUGUAGCCUUUUGGGCCAUGUUGUGUUUGUACUUGUGUAGGACCAGCAAUUACUGAAUAAAGCAGUAGGUUGAGAGUA